GUUUUCAUCCGGAGUCGGAAGAGUCGAGUUCCCUUUUGCAGACAGCGGUUUCCGUGCUGCAGAGCUCCUACUUGGACUCUACAUCUCAGGACGGUUUUCAGUACAGCCAAGCAAUUCUGGUGGAAAACGAUGUUUUUCUAAGUGAGCUCAAAGCUUUUGCCCAAGCGAAGGAAGCCGCCGGGUACAGCCAGGAGGAGCUGGAGGAGACCUUUGCAUUUCUCCUGUUUGAUAAAGAAGAAGAGGCAAAAGAGGUGUGUCAGACAGGCCUCCGUGUAAACAGCAGUUCUAUUUCCACACUUGGUGACCCAGCGAAAGGGGUUUAUAUUUCCAAGUAUGCCGACUGUCUGCAUCCAAGACCCUGGUAUCAUGGGAAAUCAGGCUAUAUUGUCAUUUGUAAGCUAAUUAAGGGGAAGGUCAAGGUGGUAUCUGAGAACUACACGACCAGCUAUACCUGCCCGUCUCCCGGCUAUGACUGCCACGUCGCCGUGAGCAGGAACAACGCCCCCUCCAAGACCAGCCCCUGCCAGGCCUUCAAGCAGAGCCAGUAUUACGUGUACGAAGUGUCCGAUGGCGGCGCUGCCGAGCGGCCCAGGCAGAUCUGCCCCUACAUAGUCAUCGCCUGCCAGUACAGGGAGCCCAAGGAAAUGCCCGUUUUAGCCAGAGAGAGCCUACCUGACCUUCAUCACAAAGCGUUGUACUGUCCGUGGAGGGGGCAGCUCUCCAUCCGGGGCCAGCUUUUGUGCAACAUCGCCCUGAGGACCCCGUACAGCUCCGCGAUUCCAGCCCAGCUGCCUCCCAACUUGGACAUUAACCACGUCAUGGGUUUGUCUGACUUGAAGAAAAAACUACCAGAAGCUGCAUUUGGGAAAAGAAAUUACACUGAGAAUGAAGUCUGCUUUCAGGGUGUUUACUUCAGCCUGUACGAAGUAGAAAUAUCAAAUAAGGAUCAACAUAAAAUGGAUCAGUUAGUAGAAAAUCUCAAGGAAAAGGACUUGGCAAUCAUCAAAUAUUUACAAGAUCAAGGAGUCCUUAUCCUCCUCACGUCCUCUGCCUUGGCACGAGAUGAUGGGUUUGACCCCAAGGAGCCCGUCAGCCUCCUGGCCCUGUUUCUGUUCUCCUCCUCCCGGUCGGUGUGCCUGAGAGGUAGGGAGGUGCCCUUUGCCGGCUUCGGGCGCUGUGUUUUGGGUCUGGGAUCCUCACCAGAAGGUCCUCACAGGCACAUUCUUCUUGAAGAGCUGAUUUCUCUGCUCAGAACCACCUACAGGUUUAGCGCAAAGGGUGUUAAAAGAGGAGGGAGAAGUCCAACUCUGUAG